AUGAUUGUAGACUCCCUAGAACCAUCUACAAGCAACAAAGUAGAAAAGACGAACACUGCUAAUCAAAAAUCAAAGCCUCAAGAAAUGACUCCGAACAAAACCAGCUUAAUCAAUGAAGCAAACUCCUCAGAAAUGCACUCAGAAGGAAGCACAGAAAAUAACAAUACAAACAUCACACUAAUAACAUCCCCAGUUUACAAAACUCUAGAAGCGAACACUUCAAAAAGAGCUGAAGAAGAAUUCACAUUAAUGUAA